GGAUGUGCAUCAAUCGGACCUUAAACAAUAAAGCAGAAUCAAAUAUAGCAGCAAAUAAAAAUAAUAAAAGUUAACAACCUUUCCUUAUAUUUUACUGAAAUAGGACACAACACACCGAGAAGUAAAGUGUUUUAAGCAAUGGUUAAAAAUGAUUAGUGUUCUAAUCAUUUCUGACCGGUGCUCACAACAAGGUUAGGCUGAGCAAUAUUCAUAGUUUCUAUUAACCUUUUAACAGAGCAGGUUUCGGGGGUUUAUUUUGUUGUUGUUUUUUUACCUCAAACCCAAACUGACCAGGUGUCUGACUGGUGGCAGUUAAAAUGGUCUGAAAUCUUGAUGGAGAACCAGGUCAUUAUUUAACACGUUAAAAUGAAACACUUUUUUUCAACCAUAAUCUUUAUAUUCACGCGUUUCUGGUACAUCCGUAAAUCUGACGCACAUGCGACGUUCACUAACAACAGUAAAUGAAUUUUACUUCAAAACAUAAUCUGAUGUGGCACUGGAAAAGACUAUUGUGUUCAAGUUGUGCUAGUAGUACUUAGCCUAUCAGCGAAGCUAUUCAGGCCUAAAGUAGCAUGUCAAUGCUAACCAUGUAGCAGAAGCACAUACGUUGCCAACUCCAACGUCAGCGUCCAUAGUUUACAUUUCUAAAGAAGUUCAAUCAACGAUCAGAUUCAGAUUUAACAGUUUUCAAUAUUGUUUCCAUUUGAAAACCUUCAUGUUGGCUCUGCUACCUUGAGCUCAAGUCCACUGGUCCAACAGAGAGCAAAAUUCAUGGUUACAUCAAUUUACAGCACAUUGUUCGGGUACUGCAGCAGCAAAGCAGCCCCAGUGCAUCAUGCUACCACUACCAUGUUUGACUGUAGGUAUGAUGUUCUGUUUUUGGCAUAAAUUUAACACCAAUUUGCUUUGCUGUGCAGUGACUUUGUGCCUUAAACUCUCCUAUUGAGGCCAUUUUUGUCCAGAUUCUUGUUGAACCAAACACGGCGACCUUAACCAAGCCCUGCAGUGCUUCAAAUGUUCUUUGUUCUUUCAUGACCUCCUGGAUGAAUUGUUGAUGUGCUUUUUAGUAAUAUUAGUUGGCUGGUCAACUCUUGGAAGACUCACCACUGUUCCAGGUUUUCUUCAUUUGCGGAUAAUAGUUUUCACUCUGAUUCACUGGAGUCACAAAACCGAAGAAAUUCCUUUGGAACCCAUUUCAGACCAACAGAUUUCAAUACAUUUUUUCUUAGCUCUUCAAUUUUCUGUAGAUCAGAAUCUCAAAAAGUGUUACUUUUUGAGAUUUGUGUAACCAUCUUAAUGUUGUCAAGACACUACCAAUUCUACAGAUCAUGACUGGUUAUGGCUGGUGGGAUGUACUAAUUCUUUUCAUAGAUCAAAUCUAAAAUAUUCAAAGGAAAAUGCAACUGGGGAAGCUCAAACACAUGUGUGAUGCUGCUUGACAUGCUAUUGGUGUAGCCAAUCCAGGGAUGCCAUUUUGUUUCCCUUGGUACUUUCCGUGAUACUGCUAAGAUAUUUCCCAUUGUGCGUUUUACCACAUACUGAGGUAAAUUUGGUGUUGGAACUAUUAAAAUAGACAGAAGUGUUUUUACAUUUUAGAUAAAUGCUGGAGUCUAUAACCCCUGAAGACCAGGGAUCCACUGUAUGUGAUGGAAGACUAAAAAUAAGUUAAUAAAGACAAACUAGUUUAUCCUAAGAAUGUGAGCAGUAGCGUAGCAGAGAGCAGUGGGGAGGAGGUGAGUGUGUAGAGGUUACCCAAUGAGGGAGCAGAGCCCACCUGGAUGUGGGGUACAAACAAAUAUUUCCACAGGAGCCUGGAGAUAAACCCAGUGGACGGUUUGCGUUUCACACCGAACAAACAUGACCGUGUGGCUGCUUGACGAAGACAUCGCCUAACUGAUUGGUUUGGGUUCAAAUGACAAUCAUUAACUCUGCUUUUUAAUCAUAAUUAGAAAUGGACCAAUGAAAAAUAUGAUAACACAAACAAGGAGCAAUAAAACAGCAGACUAUAAUAAAUGGCCACCCUUCUACAUUCCUCAUAACAUCCUUCAGGCUUCCUCUGGGCAGUGAUUCACUGCAAUUGGUGAGUUCUUCUUUUCUUUCUUUUUUUUACUAUUUUUACAAUUCAUAUUGCAAUAAUUGUUCCAGUGUCAGAUGUAUACCUCGACAAAUGUGAUAUACAUUUGUCGACAAAUGUAUACCACACAACCAGAGAUAUACCGGGAUGGUUCAGAUCAUAUAUAUCAUAUAUAUCUUAUAUUCAGGUGCUAGAACGGUCCAGUCAAAGAUCAGACCUGAAUCCGAUUGAAGAUCUAUGGCAAGACUUGGUGAGGGAACAAAAAUCAUAGUCACACUCUCUGUCCAGUCUGAAUGAACUUGGAUUAUUUAGCAAGACAGAAUGAGCAAAAAGUUUUGUCUGAUGCACAAUGCUGACAAUGAACCAACAACAGGAACUUUAAGUUGUUGCAGGAACCGUGAAAACAAAACGCACAGGUGACAUUCAUAAACUGUAUUGAUUAGUUUAGUCUCUUUUAGCAUUUUAUUAUUUGGGUUGGUAUGCUUAAUCUAUUAAUGACACAAUAAACUGUUAUCUAAUCUUCCUUAUCUACAUGUGACCCCUUCCACAGGAACCUUUAUUCCAAAUGACCUCAGUUAAAACUAACUCUACGGUACUUCACCCUUGUUUACUUGUAAUCAAGACGCUUAUUAUCACACUGACAUGGCCCCCACUUCGUUGCAAUAAAGUCUCCUCCCUCACAGCUCUGCCCCUGACAAAACACUGAUUGAUUAUUUUGCCCACAGAUGAGAAACUAUGGAAAAGAAAGCCUUGCUUACUGCCGGACAGCAGAGUACCGUCUUCCUUUCCAACAAGGAGGAGGUGUACAGGAUUCCUGCUCUGCACUAUGACCAAGACCAAAAGCUUCUGCUGGCCUUUGCAGAGAAGCGGCGAACCUCAAACGAUGCCAGCGCGGAGGUACUGGUCAUGAAAACAGGAGAGCUGGUCAAAGACGAAGCCACUCUUGAAAUAAGUGUUAAGUGGUCAGUGUCCAGAAACGUGGUGGAGAAGGUCCAUCUUGGUGGAUAUCGUCCCAUGAAUCCAUGCCCAGUCUACGAAAAGACAACCAACACACUCUUUCUGUUUUUCAUCUGUGUCGAAGGAAACGUUUCAGAACCAUGGCAGAGGUUCUGGGGCGUCAACAAGGCCCAUCUCUGCUACAUGACGACCAGAGACGCCGGUGAGACCUGGAGCUCGGUCACUGAUUUGACAGUAAAUUUUCCUCAGACCAAACAGUGGGCAACGUUUGCCGUUGGUCCGGGUCACGGCCUCCAAACAGAAAGCGGUAGACUGAUCGUUCCAGCCUAUGCUUACGUCUCUCGCUUCCCCACGUGCUUCUGCGUGUCAUGUUUUUUCGCCGUCUCGCGUGCGUUCUGCUUUUACAGCGACGACAACGGCGGCACGUGGCAGCUGGGCAACACGCUCGACGACAAAUCGGUCGAAUGCGAAAUGGCCGAGGUUUCAGACGGCGAAGGCAGCAGGUACGUUUACUGCAAUGCCCGCAAUGAGGGAGGCUACCGAGUGGAGGCAGUCAGCGACAACGGGGGAGAGGAUUUCCUCACCCUCCCUUUUGCUGAAAAGCUCGUGGAAACAGGCGGAGGAUGUCAGGGGAGUGUGGUCUCCUUUCCAGCUCAACCUGGAGUGGCUGGUGCAAAUCUGGAGCCGCAGUGGCUGCUUUACUCCCAUCCAACCAGUCAGUCCAAAAGAGUGGACCUAGGGGUGUAUCUGAACAAAUCUCCACAGGAUCCAAGUGCGUGGAGCAACCCUUGGAUCCUCAACGAGGGUCCCAGUGGUUACUCUGACCUGGCAUAUCUUGAAGAUGGCUGGUUUGCAUGUCUGAUGGAGUGUGGAGAAGCGUCUGAAAUUGAACAGAUAGCAUGCAAUGUCUUCAGCUACAUUCAAGUAAAAAAAGGUAUUGAAAACUAAAACAUUGAUCCUUGCAAACACAGUUUGCAAAUAUCAAUUUUUACUCUUUAAUGGGAUUAACAUAAGCGUAGUCACACAAUCAUUAAAUAAUUUGCUGACGACAAGAAGAAAUACUGAUUACACUAGCAUUUUUAGACACUUUGCCAAUUAAUUGAUGGAGGUGAGAAUCUUUUUUGUUUGAUAUUCAUCUGUCAUUUUCUAUACUUCCACCUGCUUGUCAACUAUAGGCAAAGACAGAUAAAUCAAUGUGUCAAUUACUAGUGAAAUAACUUAUUAUAAAACAACACAAGUGUUUUACUCAUGAUGUUUUAACCCUGAUAUUUGGUAGAUGCUCAGCAUAAGGAGUUUCCUCCAUCAGUGUUUUGUUGAUGAAGUGACAGGAACAAACACCGGGAUUUUAGUGAUCUCUUAAAACUGAGAAGCUAUUUAUCUUGAUUUUUUGUCUAUUGGAAAGAUCCCAUUUCACUUUGGGUCCAUGUUUAACACGCAAAUUCUAAAGUCAAAAAUGAAUCAUUUCUAACUUUAGAUGCUGGUGCAGACAGAUUAACAUGCUAUAAUCCUAACAGACUAAAACGAAAAAAGAAAAUAAAUGGCUGGACUGCAUCCUUUGAUUAUGUUCGAAAGAAGUUGGGUUUCCUGGGGUUUUUAAGGUAUAUUUUUGGUCAUCUAUUGAACUUUUACCUUUGAUCAAACUUUGAUGUGAAAAUAAAUAUCCAAAUAUGAUGUAUUCAAGCAUUUAAUUGAGAUUUAACUGAUGAAUAAAGUGUUAUUUUUCCUUCAACCAGUUUUUCCAUCAUUCUUUAAUUCAGGGCAGCUUGUGGUGUUUUGGUCUGAGGUUCCAGUCCCAACCUCGGGAACUUUGCUGCAUGUUUUCCCCCAUUUUCUCUCUAGUAAAUUUGAAUCAAGGACACUAGUGCCUACAAAUCUUUAAAAAGCAUUUAGACUUUCAGUUAAGUUAUUCACAUAAAGCUCCUCCCAAUCUCAGUUUGUCAAAUAUUUCUGCACCUUG